CUUCGAGUGAAAUUGUUGCAUCAACAAUUAUUAUAAGUUUUGAUGACGAAUAGUAAGAAAGUGUGCCUGUGAAGUUUAUUUUAAAACAGAUUUAAAUUUGAAAAUGGGUUCCCAAAACGAUUCCUGUGAAGAAAUACCAUGGCAGGCUUCAUUUCCUAUCUUGUUGCACAAUUUGGCUGAUAAAUGGACGAAGUCAGCUGAUACUUCUUUUAGAAGCUGUCAACAAGCCCCCAAGAAGUUAACAACGGAAGCUAUUUUCGUAAUAUGCGUGAUUUUGAUUUUCGUGAUACUAAAUAUCAUUGGGAGCUCCAUCAAUGCUUAUGAAUCAUAUCGUAAAGCAGCACUUCUUAGGAAAAAAACCUUCCGAAAGGUGAAAGAUGAAGACGCUAACGAAGACGAAAACGUUGCUAAUGCCAACGGAGAUACACUGACAGAAAAGAAAGUGAAAGCAAAUGAAUCUUCAACAAUUUCAGUUUGGAGAGAAAAUGGCAGAGCAUUUUUCGAUUGUUUCUGCAUUCAGACCAAUGCAAGAAAAAUAUUCAGCUUCGUUUCUAAACAGGAACAUUUGGAUUACAUAGAUGGAAUCCGAGCAAUAUUUUUUCUUUACAUCUUUUUAUCGCAUUUCUUGUACUUUUAUAGCCGAUCAAUAAAAAACCUAGAUAAACACCUUCAAGCUGUACUAGACAUGCCGAUUACUUGGUAUGCUGCGAAUUCAGCUUUCGGAGUUGAUGCUUUUCUAACACUUAGCGGAUUUUUAAAUGGAUUUUCCUUUUCUAAUUACUUCAAGAAGAAUAAUGGAAAAAUAUCAUGGGUUGCCUUUUACACUUUGAGAAUUGUAAGGUUAACACCACUGUACAUGAUUUUGUUGGGCUUCUAUACUACUCUCUUUACGUACAUGAGUUCAAGUCCAAUAUGGCCAACGUAUGAUACAAAUCCAGUGUGCAAAGAAACAUGGAUAUGGAAUCUUUUAUAUCUAAAUAAUUUCAAUUCUUACUACAAUCAGUGCAUGGCUUAUAGUUGGUUCCUCGCAUGCAUUAUGCAGUUGUAUAUGAUCAGUCCUUUAUUUAUGAUUCCUUUGAACAGGUGGCCCAGAAUUGGAUACGGUUUGUCGGCUGCUGCUAUCUGCGUUUCAUGUUUUUCUGCCUUCAUAAUAACAAAACAAAAUAAUUUAUUUGGCUGUAUUCCAACACUAUCAGAAUCUGAUGGCCUUGAAGAAAUAAAUAGACAGUUGUGGCAAGUACUUGAUGAACUUCAUCAGAAAACUUAUACAAGAUUGACAUCUUAUUUAAUUGGAAUAUUACUUGGAUGUUAUUUAUGCAACAGAAAAUUUACCAAGAAGAAUAGUUUGUUGACUUUGUCCUUCGGGUGGCUGAUAUCUGCUAUUCUGAUAUGGAUCACUUGCUUCACUUUCUGUAACGGAGAAAGAUCUGCUUGGGAAAUAGCCAUCUUUAACGGUGUCAAAUACCUUUUAAAUUCUUGUAGCUUUUCGUGGCUUCUUUUUGUGUGUUCCACGGGACAAGCAGGACUGAUCGGGGCAUUUCUUUCUCACCCAAUUUUUAAGCCUCUUUCUCGUCUGUCUUAUUGUGGACUUCUUGCACAAACUAUUGUGUUGGAGGGAUAUUUUUUAAGUGUCGAAGUAUUUAUAGACGAAACGGCAAUAUAUGAAGGUGCGCUGUCGGACUUGUCAUGGGCAACACUUUUACUUCGCUUGUUAUUUUGGACGUUAGUUACUGCUUUCAUGGCAUCCUUGUUAUUUGAAUCACCUAUUAUAAGAUUGCUGCAUCUUUACUCCACUGCGAUGAAGGCUGCAAGUCCCGAGAAAGAAAGUCCACAAACAUCGAUUCUUCCAAAGAAAGGAACUAUUUCCAUUUAGAAAAUUGACUUAAACAAGUUCUGAUUCCUGGUGACAUGAAACAUUCUUUUGAAUUUUGCACAUUUAACAUAAAUAUAAAAGAUUUUAUAUACUAUAUCUUAUCAAUCAUUCAUUCCAAUUCAUUCUAAUUUUAAGGUAUU